UAAAUGGUUCGGCUUUUCCGUGGCUUCAGCUUGACGACUUUCCACAACAGGCGGCGUCGUAUAUAAACAGAGUUCUUUCGACAGUUUCCACACUUUUCACAAUGCAUCUCCUCACCCACGCGGCUGUCCUCUGCCUGCUUGGUUUGAUGUACUCCUACAGUUCCGCCGCGGAGCCUGAGGCCUCGAAUCCUACGGUGUAUAGGGUCAACCGCCGGUUCCUGGAGGCCAAGGAGAUCGAAAACUUCGGCAAAGUGACCAACGACGCGACGAAAGUAAUCGAAAAGCUGACCAGCUUGUUCCAAGAGAUGGCUGACCCGGCUAAAGGACGCAAGCUGCGAGAGGGCCCUUUGGGAGACCGAAUUCGAGCGGCCGUGAGGACUGGAAACGCCUUUGUGAGUCUGAUCGAGAGUAUAAGUGCAGCGAUUGAACUCUCUGCUGCGUAAUGGAGGGUGAUGAGCUUCAGAGUGGACCCGCAUAGGUGACUCAUGUGAGAUCGAUGAGAUUUACUUCACACUUCAAACUAAUGCUUUCGGUUUGCCUGGCCAUGCGGUAAAGAAGAAUACUGCAGAGCUUGAGUUUAUUUUAUAAAAGAUGAACAAAUAAACUUAGAAUACAGUAUGGAAGCCUA